AUGGCUGCAGUUGUUUCUCAAAAUAGUAGCAAAGAAUUUAUCGUUGGAAUUAAAUAUAAACUUAAAAGGAAGAUUGGGAGUGGUUCUUUUGGUGACAUUUAUCUUGCAAUAAACAUACAAAAUGGUGAGGAGGUUGCUGUUAAGUUGGAAUCAGUGAAGGCUCGUCAUCCGCAAUUACUUUAUGAAAGCAAAGUCUACAAGAUUUUACAAGGAGGUGUUGGUAUUCCACAUAUUCGUUUUUAUGGAAUCGAACGGGAUUACCAUUGUCUUGUGAUGGACUUGUUGGGACCUUCACUUGAAGAUCUUUUCAACUUUUGCAGUCGACGUUUCACUAUGAAGACAGUUUUAAUGUUGGCCGAUCAAAUGAUUGGUCGAAUUGAGUAUAUGCAUGUCAAAAACUUCAUUCAUCGAGUAUUUUUUUCAAUUCAUUUUAUAAACUUUCCUCUCUUUCAGGACAUUAAGCCAGACAAUUUUUUGAUGGGAAUUGGACGUCAUUGCAACAAACUCUUCAUUAUUGAUUUUGGGCUUGCGAAGAAAUAUCGUGACUCGCGCACUCGAAUUCAUAUCCCUUUUCGUGAUAAUAAAAACCUCACCGGAACUGCUCGUUAUGCGUCUAUUAAUGCUCAUAUGGGUAUUGAACAGUCGCGUCGUGAUGAUAUGGAGUCUUUGGGUUAUGUGCUUAUGUAUUUCAAUCGUGGGAAUUUGCCCUGGCAAGGAUUGAAGGCAGCCAAUAAGAAGCAGAAGUAUGAGAAAAUAAGCGAAAAGAAAAUGUCUACACCAGUGGAAAUUCUAUGUAAGGGCUUCCCUUCUGAGUUUUCUAUGUAUUUGAACUACUGUCGCGGGUUGCGUUUUGACGAGGCGCCUGAUUAUAUGUAUUUGCGCCAGCUAUUUCGCAUUCUCUUUCGCACACUGAAUCAUCAGUAUGACUAUACCUUCGAUUGGACUCUUCUUAAACAAAAGGCUACAAUGAACAAUCCAAACACGAGUGUUACUAACCAAACAGACGGAGCAGGAGCGUCAGUACAGCCACAGCAAUGA